AUGGGAUCUUGUUGUGGUAAACAAUCCAAACCUCAUAAACCUAAAGAAGUCUACAUCCAACUGCCAUCACCUGCUUUCAAUAAAAAUACCAAAACCUCUCAAAAAUCAGCUAACCCUUCCCCAACUCCCAAAGAAAAGCCCAAAAAACAACUCUUAAUUACUUGCAAACUUGCCCAAAAAAAAUCAAUAAAAAUCUCAUAUUUUUUUAAAUUUUUUUUUUUAAUUUUCUUGCAAACACCCUUCAUUUCAAAUUUUCGUUGAUUACAAAUCUCAUAUGCCUCUUUAUAGUCUCAAAGACGCAGUCUCUAAAUCAUUUCCAGACAUUGAUUUUUCCCGUUAUUCCAUCAACAAAGGAAAUUUAGAACUCUUAGAGCAUACAGCCCAACUUAAAGACCUUGGGAUAGUUUCAGGGGACGAACUUUGCUUUCGCCGGCUCAAAGAAGUCCAUUUCCCUUCAGUGGAGCCUCAGAAUAUUCGUUUGCAUUCUUCAAUGAACAAUGCGUCAAUCCAAAGCGCUGAUUUUAAUAUAAAAGACACAGAAAUGGACAUCGCUCAUAGCAUCUUAGAAGAAAUUUCAGAAGAAGAAACAACAAAACAUGACGUGGCUGCAAGUAAGGCAAAAGUGACAAUGCAAAAACUUAACAGUAACUCAACGUCAAAGUCGCCGAAAAGUUCAGCAAAAACACUGUGGGGAAGCGCUUUAUUGUCCCCAAGUAUCAAGAAGUUUGUAAUAAAUAAUCAAAAUGACUUGAGUAUUGCAUUGGUGAGGUAAAUUUUCCUUAUUUUUUUGAUAAAAAAUAAUCAAUUAAUUUAGUUUUAAAAAGGAAUUGCAUCAAAUAAUACUCAUGAUUUUUCGUUCAAAGAAAAGAAAAUACCUAAUUUAAACGUUGGAUUCAAAAUUGAAGGAAAUUCACAAAGCGGAAUAGCAGAUUCUGAAGAGAGCUUUAAUACUGGAAACCAAGGAACUGAUAGAAGUAACCCUGCUAAGCAUCCAACAGAUUUUUUCAAAGAUUUACAAGGGCCGUUUUUUAUGUUCAAGAAUAUGUAA